UGUCAGUUGUCAUAUUUCUUGACGUUGACGCUAACAAAUUAACGGUUACAAAGAAAAGUCAAGAUUUAUUUAUUUGCGCGUUUUAAUUGUGAAAUGUACAUAUUUUAAAACAUAUUGAACACUUAUAGAUAAUUAUUCAGUAUGAGUGCUCCAGUUCUUUUUGCUUGUUCGCGUUGUUUUGCUCGACACCCUUUUGAAGAGCUUUCCGCUGGACAGCAACUUUGCAAGGAAUGCCGUGGUUCUUUUCCAGUUGUGAAAUGUACUUAUUGUCGUUCGGAAUUUCAACAAACAUCUAAGGGGAGUACCAGCACCAUUUGCAAAAAAUGCGAGCAAAAUGUGAAGGCCUAUGGGAAGCCUUCCGCCUGCGAAUAUUGCAAUAUCAUUGCUGCCUUUAUUGGGAAUAAAUGCCAAAGGUGUACUAAUUCAGAAUUGAAGUAUGGGCCACCUGUCAACUGUGAACAGUGUAAGCAGAAAUGUGCUUUCGAUCGUCAUGAUGAUGAUAAAAAGGUUGAUGGGAAGCUUUUAUGUUGGCUUUGUACUUUGUCUUUCAAGAGAGCCUUAGCUAAAACCAAACAAGGAAAUGCAGAUAGAAAGGCUCAUUUGAAGAUGGUUAACCAUAGUAAGAGUAAAAGCAAAGAAAAGGUUAGAACAGCGCACAAAAGAACACAAAGGGAACGAAUGGAUUUAGAAAAGCUCAAGGCUAACAUGGAACAGGCAGAACAAGGACCUUCACCUCCCAAAGUUGCGAAGAACAAUGCUGGUGUCAGGUUAGAUUUGGAUCCCAACAGUUCUGACCAUGUCAUAGCUAUGACACAACUGAAAGAGAAGAUUGCUAGCCUGCAAAAACAAAUCUCGAUGAAAGAUGCUCAGCUGUUGAGCAAGGAAAAAAUGAUCACUGAGCUCAAAGCGAAACAUUUCACAAGUGAGAAUGAAAUGAGGAACAAACUGCAGAAAACCGUGAAGGAGCAUGAAGAAAAAGUGGAUUUCAUGAAUUCAAAAAUAUCCAGCCUGUUGAAGGAAGUCGCCUCAUUGUCCAAGUCCCAGAAUAAGAAAAAAGGGUCUAACAGCGGAGCUGGGUUGGCGGCUGCAGCUAUACUGGCCACGGAGAAUUCAAACAGCGGCAGCGGCACGGACAGUCCUGGUUUAGCAUAAAUAGUUCGGUUCGGUUUUAUCGCUUGUGGAAGGUGAGUAGAUGAUUGAUUUGAUGAAGGAGGUUUUAGAACAGGUUGAUAUUUUCAUGAAAGAUUUCUUCGAGUUGUUGUGCUUGGAUGCAUCAAGUUUUCAAUUUACCAUGUAUAAUAGGAAUUUGAUUGUCAUCAUAUUUAAAAAAAUUAAAAAAUAUUUGAAAAAGUAACAAGUUGGGAGUUUUUAUAAUUUCAUCCUAGUGAAUGAUCUGUAUUUUAUUUCACUUUCCUCUUCUUUUCGGGCAGUUCAUUGUUAUAGUACGAUAUUUUCAUUUUUUGUCAGUGAAUGAAAAUCGUCAACGAAUAUAAAAAUCUAGUAAGGUACCUAUUAUUUCGUUAAUUGAUGUUAUUAUUUGUACAGGUACAUGAAAUUGUUACUAUCAGAAUUGGUUCGUUUUUUAGAUAAUGGAAAACCAGCAUAUAUCCUGAAAACACGUUUGAUUUUUUUUCGAAUUCUCCAUAUUGAACAGCUAGAAUUCCAUGCUGGAUGAACAUGUAUAUUUUCAAGUAGACAUAUCAUGAACACAAGAUGAGAGUUUCGCGAUAUUUGCCAUACCCAUUAUCUAACACCCAAAGAAUCUUUAUUCUGAGUUGAUUAGUAAAUUCGAGUGGAGCUGUUUAUUGUAGUAGAUAAUAUGACUGAUAAAAAAUUUAUUCAAACCAUCAGAUUAGGUUCUCAUUGUUGAAUCAAUGUAAAAAGCAAAAUUUUGACUUCAGGAUUUUUCCUAUUCAUUAAAUUUAAGUUUUAGGAUUACGUAGGUAUUUAUUAUAAUAUAUAUACUGAAAUAUUUUUGUAAAAUAUGUUAAAUCAUUGUGUCUGAAUAAAGGAAUGGAAACAGAA